AUGUUCCGCGAAUUCCGGACGAGCGCCAUGGUGCAGGAGACGUUGGCGUCCUUGGGAAUACCGUUCCAGUCGAAUUUCGCAGGAACCACAGGUGUGGUAGCAACCAUUGGCACAGGUGAAGGUCUCAUAGUGGCUCUGCGAGCCGACAUGGACGCCCUACCAAUCACGGAGGAGACGGAUGUGCCAUUCAAGUCGCGCCAUUCCGGUGCCAUGCACGCAUGCGGCCAUGACGCCCACACCGCCAUGCUGCUCGCCGCUGCCCGAAUUCUCCAGGAUCGCUCCCGGGCAGGUACCUUGGGCGGCACGGUUCGUCUUAUCUUCCAGCCAGCAGAGGAAGGGGGGGCAGGGGGGAAACGCAUGGUGGAUGGGGGGGCUCUCAAGGGCGCGUCUGCUGCCUUUGCCCUGCACGUCUCACCCAAGAUCCCAGCAGGCUACGUGGGCAGUCGCCCUGGCAUGCUGCUAGCGGGGUCGGGUCGAUUCAACGCCACAGUGUGGGGCAAAGGGGGCCAUGCAGCCAUGCCUCAGUUCGCAGCAGACCCCAUCCUCGCUGCUGCUCACAUCGUUUCUAGCCUCCAGGCAAUAGUCUCUCGAGAAACAGACCCAUUUGCCUCGCGGGUGGUAUCAGUGACUCAGUUUCACGGCGGCUCGGCUGACAAUGUCAUCCCCGAUACAGUCACACUGCGCGGCACGUACAGAGCCACAACUAAAGACGGGCUCGCUGACCUGGAACGACGCAUUGCUGACAUCAUUGACACGCAGGCGCGCGUGUUUGGAUGCAGGGGGGAGGUGGAUUAUGGCAUGAUGGAUGCCAGUGCUGCAUCUGCUGCUGUUGAUGAUUCUGCUUCGGAUGGUUUGGCAACAGCAGGAGCACAAGGAUGCAGUUCAAAUGCAGCUGACAACAAGGCUCAAGGCUCCUGUACUGCUAACGGUGCUGCUGAACCUUCUUCCGAGCCUCUUUCCGAGCCUCUUUCCGAGCCUCUUGCCGACCCUCUCGGGUACGCCUGGCCGCCCACGCGCAUCCCAGCCUACCCCCCCACGGUGAAUGACGUCAGCAUGCACGCGCUCGGGCGCGACGUGGUCCAGAAGCUUCUGGGAAGCUCCGCGUACCUGGAUGUAGAUCCGUGGAUGGCUGGGGAGGAUUUUUCUUUUUACCAGGAGGCUGUGCCCGGGGCUAUGUUCUUUCUGGGAGUGGGGGCAUCUGAGGUCAAUAGCACCAGCAGCAGCAGCAGCAGCAGCAGCAACAGUCCGCCUCUCCACUCCCCUGUGUUCACCAUUGACGAGGCGGCUCUGCCCAUUGGCGUGGCGCUGCAUGUGGGGUUCGUGCAGCAGUACUUGUCCCGGGGGCGGGCAGAGGCAUAG